AGACAUAUUAUCCCGCACGCUUAAACAAUCCGGCCAUGUCGGUUUCGAUAGCCUUCCCGAUCAAUUGGUUAAUAAAUCGGUACAAAAUGGUUUUGUAUUCAAUGUGAUGUGUAUCGGUGAAACGGGUUUGGGCAAAUCCACCCUAAUGGAUUCCCUCUUCAAUACAAGUUUUGAAUCAACGCCCAGUCCCCAUACGCUACCCAAUGUCAAGCUAAAAGCCAAUACCUAUGAAUUGCAGGAAAGCAAUGUCCAGCUGAAAUUAACCAUCUGUGAUACUGUGGGUUUUGGUGAUCAAAUCAACAAAGAGAAUUCCUUUAAGGCUGUCGUCGAUUAUAUCGAUACCCAAUUUGAGGCCUAUCUGCAGGAGGAGUUGAAAAUAAAACGUUCCUUGGUCGAUUAUCAUGAUAGUCGGAUACAUGCCUGCCUGUAUUUUAUUUGCCCCACCGGGCAUGGUCUGAAAUCUUUGGAUUUGGUGUGUAUGAAACAAUUGGAUAGCAAGGUGAACAUUAUACCCAUUAUUGCCAAGGCUGAUACCAUUUCCAAAACGGAGUUGCAGAGAUUUAAGGCCAAAAUACUGGAGGAGCUGAAAAACAAUGAUGUAAAUAUUUAUCAAUUCCCGGUGGAUGAUGAAACCGUGGCGGAGACAAAUGCCCUUAUGAAUGACCACACACCCUUUGCUGUGGUCGGUAGUAGGGAAUUUGUAAAAAUUGGCAAUAAAUUGGUAAGGGCCCGGCAAUAUCCAUGGGGCACGGUACAGGUCGAAAAUGAGCUGCAUUGUGAUUUUGUUAAGCUACGUGAAAUGUUGAUACGCACCAAUAUGGAAGAUUUACGAGAGCAGACCCAUCAAACCCAUUAUGCUUUGUAUAGGCAGAAACGUCUCAGUGAAAUGGGUUUCUGUGAUGUGGACAAUGACAAUAAACCCGUAUCGUUUCAACAAAUUUUCGAAAUUAAACGUGCCCAUCAUCUCAGCGAACUGCAGGCUAAAGAGGAUGAAGUUCGCCAAAUGUUUGUACAACGUGUCAAAGAAAAGGAAGCGGAGCUGAAGGAAAGUGAACGUGAGCUGCAUUCACGUUUUGAAAAACUCAAAAAGGAACAUGCCGAAGAGAAGAGGAAAUUGGAGGAGGCCCGCCAGAAGCUCGAAGAGGAAUAUAUUGAAUUUACAACACAUAAAACAAAUUAUGUGGCUUCUCAUCACACCAUGACACUGGGCAAGAAGGGGAAGAAAUAA